AUGCAGACUGCCAGUGUUCUCGGCUUGGUCGGUUCGGCGAAGGAGAUGCCGCGAGCGCCCCGCGAGCAAUGUGAUGGGCUGCCGCGGCUUUUGGGGCGAGAUAUGCCAGGUCCUGCGCAGCGGAAGCUUCCAAAACACGACCUUCAGGUGAGGUGGGACGACUUCAAGCCAGACUACCAACGGAAGUUGGGCGCCGGUGCCUAUGGCGGCGUGUACCAAGUGCAGGGCAGCCCGGACAAGGUGGUGAAGCUCUUCAGCCAUUCCGAUUGGAGCGACGUAGUGCGGGAGUCGCGCUUUGCACAGACGAUGAAGGCACGAUAUCCACGGCACUUCGUCGACUGCGUGGGCAUGGGCAGUGCGCCAGACGAUGGUCAGAUCUUUGCCGUCUUCGAGCGUGCGACCGGCAUGAGCCUUGCUGCCGCUGCUACUCGUUUUCACGUCCCAGAGGGCAUGGGGCAUGUCAGCCAAGCACUGGACAUCUUGGAUCAGCUGCUGACAAUCAUGUUAGACAUGAUGAAGCCUGAUAGCCAAGGCAAGUAUCACUUCCACCUGGACUUGAAGCCGGACAACAUCAUGAUUUCCACCAACACCGAUGGCAAGGGCCACGAUGUCAAUGUCACGUUGAUCGACUACGGCAUCGUGAAGACAUGUGAGCAUGGAGACAGGAGCGUCGAGGACUCUGCGCAACAGCUCUUCCGCUGGUUUGGAUGGGAGCUGCUCUGGGUGCUGUCUUCGGAGGCCUUCCACGUCGAGGCGGAGACGAACCCCUGGGAGCAGCUGCCAGAGGGAUUCCGGCCGUUCUUCCGCCGUUCGGACCUUCGCCCGGCUGCCUACAGGACGGAGCAGCUGAGUCCACAACUUCUCCAGGACUCCCUCCAAGAUGGCUUCUUCGACGAGGUCCUGUCGCCAGCUUUUCGCCGGCAGUGGCGCUGCCCAGAGGAGGCGAGGCGGCAGCUCGGUCGUCUCCUGGGGGAUGCUUUUCAUGGUGUGGCCCAGGCCAGCGACAAGGCCGGUUACACUCCAGACUUCCAGAAGCUGCGCUCCGACGUCCGAUCGCUCCGUGCGCUGGCUUCGGAGUGA